UAGCGGUGUGUUUACAGAUGAAGUGUUUUACUGUUUUUCGACAUCCGUGAUAUGGAAUUAUAAAAUCGGAUUAAAAAAUCUUAGGAUUUUCGCGGUAAUAAUGAAUUAUUCUUGGAAUUUGGAAAAUAUUCAAUCUUUACUUUUGUAUCAUCGCGUAUAACUUGAGCACCAUGUUACAUAAAAAUCUUACCUUCCGUAAAAUUCAUCUUGUUAUUUGCGUAUCAGUCUGUUUAUUUAUAACUUCGGUAUUCUCUGCCCAUAUUCAUAGUAAAGAAAGGGUCGAAGAUGGAGCGUAUUCCCCCAAAUUAUCUAAUCAUAAUGUGAAGAAGACUGAGUCUGAAUUCACUCAUGAAGUUAUGUUGGGAAGUGCCAAAGAAGCUGAAGAAUUUGAUCAUCUUACUCCAGAAGAAUCGAAGAAAAGAUUAUCUUUAUUGCUGACAAAGAUUGAUACGAAUGGAAAUAAAUUUGUGGAUCCUGAGGAACUUUACGCAUGGAUUAUUAAAUCAUUCAAAAAAUUAUCAGAGGAAGAAGCUGAAGAAAGAUUCGAUGACGCAGAUUUAAACAAGGACGAUAAAAUUACUUGGAAGGAGCAAUUAAUGGACUCGUUUGGCGAAGAAGGAGAGUUUGAUGAAACAGAUAGUGAAGAUGAAUUGUUGAUGAAAGCGGAUAAAAGGCUGUUCGAAGCUGCGGAUUUGAACAGAGACGGGGUUUUAGAUAAAGCUGAAUAUAAACGAUUCUGUAACCCUGAAGAUUUCGGUGAUAUGUUACCAAUUUUAAUUCAAAAUACCCUCGAAGAAAAAGAUUUGAAUAAAGAUGGACACAUCGAUUUUGAAGAGUUUAUCGGCGAUAAAAGUAAAAUGCACGAUAAUGAAUAUAUUAUUUCUGAAAAGGCAUCAUUUGAAGUGAAUUAUGAUAAAAAUAAAGACGGUGUAUUGAGUAGCGAAGAAAUAAUUUCGUGGGUUGUUCCAAAUUCUUCCCAAAUAGCUAUCGAAGAAACAAGACAUUUAUUAGCAGCUGCGGAUGACAACCAUGAUUCAUUGUUAUCUUAUGAUGAAGUUAUAGAAAAUCAUGAUGUUUUUGUGGGUAGCGAAGCUACCGACUUCGGAGAGCAUUUACAGAAUAUCCAUGUCAUUAUGGAUGAAUUGUAGAUUUUAAGAAAAAUCUGGUCAUUUACUUAUUGUAUUACGUUUGUAUGUAUUUUGCAUUUAUUAAUUUUAUUCAAUUUCUAUCAUUUUUAUUUUUAGACUUGUUCAACUUCAUCAUUGAUUAUUUAUUUAAUUCGACUAAUUAUUGAAAUGUUUUUUUUUCACUUUUUUGUGCCGAUAAUUUCGUUCUUGUCCUCCUUAAAUUUCAUUGUUUGUGUUUCUGAAAUUAAGUUGAAGGUACUUAUUUAUUUUCAUUGGAAAGUGCGUGCUGUGGUAAUAGUACUGUUACUGUAUGCUUUUAAAUUUGAUGUUUGUGUUGAUUAUGCUUCAAAAAGUUUGACAAAUUCGAAAUUCAGUUCAAGUUUAAGUUCAUCUUCGUGUGACAGUUUUCAAUUUAGUGAUGAUGAGUGGAGGUAAAAAAAAUAAAUAAAAAACUGAGGUGUUGAA